CUCAUCAAGUAACAAGCAGGCGAAACAAGGAGGAUGUGUGCAUGGCUGAGGGUUUAACAAGUCAGAGGUGAAGUGGUAAUACUUAGAUUAACUUGUCUCCAAAACUCACUUGUUAAUCACACGCUAAAAGAAAGCUCAGAAGGCUGUGUGUGGCUGGGAAGUUCUGCUGUGUACCGGCGGCUAAUGGAUCCCUCUUCUGAUGUUUGUGGCUCUAUAGACCCUAGUUUUGAUCAUGAAGAGGAUGACUCAGAGUGCCACAGAACAUUCUCUCUACUACGAAGUCGUUUUGAGAAAUCAGAGUCUGAGGAUUCAGGUGUUGAGUUGCCUCCAACGUCCCCAUUUGGAUCAGAAAACAGCUACAAUCCUGAGGAGACAGAGAGUUUAGAAAACUCUUCACCUGAGGAGCCAGAGUCCUUAAAAUGUUUCCCAAGCUAUAAAUUAGAUGACUUGAAAGUUUCUUCUUGUGAAGGGAGAGAUGUACUGGAAGAUUGUGCCCUUUCAAAAUCACAGACCCUUAAUUCCUCCAACAGCAACGAUUUAACGAAUACUGCUGUAUCUUCUGCACAAGAGCAGACAAGGGUAAGAAUUGACCUCCCCCUAAAGCUGGAACAAGCAGUUUUGAGGAGCAGAAGACAAAGAAUCAGCACCAGAGAUUCUCACCAUAACCGGACUGGCACUGCUACCCGAAAUUACACAGGAUCCUUGAAGGACCAACGUAGGAUAAAACAACUAUCCGUACGAUCAAGGAGCCCAAACCGAGCGCACCAAGAAAAGGAGGAAAAGGAUCUACUAGCGCUUCCUGGAGAUGGGAUCAGGUACCUUGAGAGUCUAUGUGUUAUGUUGGAGCAGAUAGCGGAGCUGCAGCAGAGGAAUCAGUGUCUGCAACAAGAGAUGAGAGAGGCAGAGGAAAGACAAAACAGAGUCCAUUUUAUAGAUGCAUGUGUUUGUGGUUCUUCUGGUCGUCAUGGGAACAUAGACUUAAAUAUGGCUGAUGGCCCCCUUCCUGAGAUGAAACCUUGGAAGUCCACACACUAUCGAAAAAGAUCCAGCUCUCAUACAGGAGUACUGCAAAGCAUAACCCAGACCAUAGAUAAUAACCUGACAGGAGCAGAGAAGUUGGAGCCUCAUUUCGUGAGUGUUCCAAACCUGCAGGAUGAGGAAAUAUCAAAAACAGAACAGAACUGCAAGUACCCACAGACUGACGCCUCCCAGUGGAAUAAGAUCAAGUAUUUAAUGUCCAAAUUCACACGGAAAGCUGCUGGAGCUGCAGCCGCCCAGGAAAACUCGUUUGCAGGAACACAAAACAACUACAGGUCUCAGGCCCUUCAACAAAAUUCUUCGCCGACACCUAAAAGGUUAUUUUUGCCUUCGCUGGUUAUCAGGCCCCGCAGCCAGAGGCGGCAGUUUGUUUGAACGUUAAUAAACGGAAACUGUGUAUGACAAUGAGGAGCAAAAAACACUUCUGUGUCACUAGUGGGAGAGUAACAGUGAUACUCUGCAGUGAACCGGCAUAUCAAUGCUACUGCUUUGCAAAUAAAAGUAAAAUCACAAGGAGCCAGUAUUGCAUGGGAUACAAUGACAACUUUCUAACAUAAUGGUCUUCUACAUGUCAGUAAGAGGAUUACAGACUAUAUAGGUGCCUUGCACUGUAGCAGAAUGGCUUACUCUCAUACUGUCCACUACCCGCUCUUGGACUUAUGAAGCAAAGUGCUAGAGUGGAAGAUAACGGCACAUAAUGCUCUGCAAGGGAAGGCGUCUUAAUGUUUUUAUCAAGACUAGAAGUCAGUAUACCAGGAGACUGUCACAAAGGGAACCACUUUGAAAGCACACUGUAUAUAAUGUUUAAUGUAUAUUUUUAUUUAUAUUUAAAAUGACGAGUGCACAUUUAUACAGAAACCUAUAACUGUAAAUAUAAACCUAAGUUAUAUGUAUUAGUUUAUUUUAGAAUAAAAGUUUUAUCUUCUA